AUGGGCCCCUGUACCGCCUCCUCAUGCUGCUGCCAGGCCCGUAAUCUGCCAUGGGCCCCCGUACCGACUCCUCAUGCUGCUGCCAGGCCCGUAAUCUGUCAUGGGCCCCUGUACCGCCUCCUCAUGCUGCUGCCAGGUCCAGAGUGUGUCAUGGGUCCCUGUACGGCCUCCCAUUGCUGCUGUCUCCAUCGCCACACUCUGCCAUGUGCCACUUUCAGGUCUCCUCACACUGCUGGUGGGUUCCAUUUUGUCAUAGGGUGCUGUAUGGCCUCCCAUUGCUGCUGCCUCCACCGCCACCCUGUGGCUCCACACUCUGGUUUUGGCCCCGUGACUGCCCAAAUGAGUGAAGUGUGCGGUGAUUGUAAGAUCGACGACACUCAUCUGCAUGUCAUACUGACUGACAGUAUUAUUUCUCUUCCCCAGCAGACUCCAAGGGCAUUUAAAUUAAAGGUACAGUGUUCUGCACUAAUAUAA